AUGAGCACUUAUCUUUUACUCUUGGAAGCCGUGAGGAGCGAAGAUUUGGGGUAAGUUCAGUUAUAUUUCGUAUUUCGAAUCUCAAGUACUCUCAGACAGAAAUUCGGUUGGUAGAUGCAGCUACCAGAAAAAUACAAGGAGAAAUUCGACGUUCCGACCGAAGGCCCUUUGGCUUCAUCGGGAAGUAAGAAAGUAUUUUUCAGGAAGUUGCAUUUACCAACCGAAAAUAUAUUGCCACCGUUCAUAAUACUCUCAGACAGUGUGCAUGAUUUUAAUAAAUUAAGAUAGAUGCAGAUUUUGACUACAGUUACCAAUAACCAUUAACCAAUUAGAUGCAUUUAAUCGAUUUAAUCUACCAAUUAACUGCAAAUUGCAUAUUUUAAUAAUACACUAUAAGCCUGUGAGAGAUACCAGUAAUAUAAUGCUGGGCCAUUCCAUUUAAUGUAUACACCCCCCUAUGGAUGAGAAUUUCCGAGGGGGUUUGAAAAAGCAGUUUCUGAGGGGUUGUGUGCAUCAGCAUCCUUUGAUCUUUGCAUUUUUUUCUGAGGGGUAAGGCAAAAAUUUCUUAAUUUCUGGGGGGUGUUUGUGUUGGCACUUUGAUCUUAGGGGUUCAAAUUUUAUUGAACUCGUCCAUGGGGUACAUUAGAUGGAAUGGCCCAAUGGUAGUGGACACCAAAUCUGAACCCCAUUAUUUUGAAUAUUGCCAACAAAUGGCAGUGGUAAAUUUUUGGGCACCAGAUCCUGACAUGUAAGCAUUAUUUGUUGGGCACUGUAUUUGGGUCUGGUUUUAUAGUACAGUGUGCCAUAAGCACACCGAACCAAUUUUAUUUACUAGCUAAUUAUACUGUAUGCUAUGACUAUACAAUGUAAUAAAAUCAAAUUGGUUUGCUGUCUGAAUUUGGUGACUUUUAACCAUACAGUCCAAUCAUUGAAGGAAUGCUGAACACUAAUAGUAUGAUUAAACACACCCUUGAUUAAAACUGUUGCGAGGCAUGCAUUGAACCAAAUAAUCAUGAUGAGCAUGAUAGGUUACCAAUUAUAGUAUCAGGCGGAUACUGUAGUACACUAUUGAUUACUGGAUAAUCAAUACCACCCGAUACCAGGCUACAAUGGGAAUUAGUAAAGAUGAUAUGUUUUCAAUUCACUUGUGAAAUUUAUAAAGUUUUUAAAAUUAUUCUCCUAUUAACCAAUUGAUUGCAUGCCAGCGCUCUCCUUGAUGAGUAAAAUUGUCUGGCAUUAGAGUAAAAUAAUAAAGUAGGCACAUUGGGGGCACAAUGCAACUUGAUGGAUUAAAUCUUUUAAUGUGUUAACUUGCAUACUGCAAUCUUUUGUUCUGUGAUAAUUUAUAUUAUUAUAUUGAAGACUUCACCUGGUCUUUACUUUUUAUUUACAGUAGAUCAGAACUUGUAGUAAGUUUUAAGUAAUUUAAUAUUGAGCAGAUUUUUCAAUUGCCAUUACAGUAAUUAAUUUUCCAUCAUCAUUUAGUUUUUUACAAGAUUUUGUUAAAGAAAACUACAAUGAAAUUAACAUAAAUGACGGGGAUGAUGAUGGUGUUACUGCCGUGCACAUUGCUGCCGGACUAGAGAAAAAUAUAAUGCUCGAAUAUCUUCUCAAUCAUGGUUCUGCAAUUGAUAGCCAGACACAAGAAGGUCUUACACCAUUACACGUUGCAGCUAUGUGGGGUAGGAGUGAGCAAGUAGCCACACUGUUAAACCACAAAGCGGAUUGCUCAAUUGUGGAUAGCAACGGCUACAAUGCUGUGAUGCAUGCUGUUAACUCUCAAGAAGAUGGGAGUCAAACCUGCGUAGAUUUGAUUUUAUCGCAUCAAGAAAACCGUAACGGUUAUUCUAAAGAAAAUUUUGAAGAGUUGCUUACAGAGUUGUCUUCUGGCUUGAGCAGUCCUGGACAAGUUAGUUCCGCAGACUCAAACUCUCCGACUUUCUCGUAUUCGACAAUAACACGUCUUGCCUCUCUUACGAAUGUUGAAUGCUCUGAAUAUGGAACGAUGCAUGGUUAUGGUUCGGAUAUUUUAACAGAGUGCUCAACAUCUGAUGAUUUGAGCACAGAGGAGCAGAAGGAUGUUGAUGAGGUGACAGAUGACGAUACGUGCAUCUAUGAGACUGCAGACGAAGAGAUCGAAGAAGAUUUAAAGAAAGGAAAUCAGAAUCAUGGAAGUUUAGGGCGGAUGGAAUACGGAAGGGCAAAUAAAGGGAAUAUUCAAGGAGUCAAAGAAAAAGGUAUAGAAAUGGGAUCU